UGACCGGCAGUGCUGUCAUGUCUUUGUUGCCUCUCUUGUUACUCGGCAUAUGUUGUGAAUAGAGCGGGAUAGAUGGGAAAAUAACGGGUUAUAUGUACAGAAGAAAUUAAUUUAAAACUCACCCACAACAGUCAAACCACCCAAAAGAUGGAGGACAAGCUGAAUGGAUUCCCUGUUGUCUCCCCGGAGUAUCUUCAGCAGUGGGUUCAGUCUGCACAGCAGUUUCAAGCUCUCCAGGCUCAAUAUUCAGGCUUGAACCACAACCACCAGUCUCACUACCCGGAGGGGCCGCCAGGAGAGCCAGCCAUGGCACACAUGGCUUAUCCAGAACCCAUGAUGGAUCAGCAGGAACCAGCCAAACUGGCAAAACCCCCAGCCAAAAAGAGAGGCAGAGCAGCUCAACCCAAGGAGCCCAAGGCACCCAAACCACCAAAAGUCCCCAAGGCACCAAAGCCACCCAAGCCACCUAAGGACCCAAAGGCACCUAAAGCCAAACCCGGUCCUAAGCCCAAGAAGGCUGCUGAGGCUCAGGGAGAUGGCAAGCAAGAGAAGAUUGAUGAGAGCUUCAAGAAGGUGAAGAGGAAAUUUGACCGCUUCAAGGGAAUGUCAGAGGAGGAAGUCAUGACGAAAACUCUACCAGACCUGCUGGAAUACAACCUGGACUAUGUCAUUAUUGGUAUCAAUCCAGGACUGAUGGCAGCUUUCAUUGGACGGUGGUUUCCAGGUCCUGGAAAUCAUUUUUGGAAGUGCCUGUUUCUGUCUGGAUUUACUGAGGAGCAACUCAACCAUAUGCAUGACACCAGCCUGCCUGUCAAGUACAAAAUGGGCUUCACCAACAUGGUGGAAAGGGCGACGCCAGGGAGCAAAGACCUCUCGAGUACAGAGUUGCGUGAAGGAGGCAAAAUUCUUGUAGAGAAGCUGAAGAAGUUCAAACCUCUUAUUGCUGUUUUUAAUGGAAAAUGCAUCUAUGAAAUGUUCUGCAGAGAGAUGUUUGGUAAAAAACCAAAGAAACUUGAUUUUGGUUUGCAGCCACACAAGAUCCCCGACUGUGACGUGGCUCUGUAUCUGAUGCCUUCAUCCAGCGCUCGCUGUGCUCAGUUCCCUCGUGCUCAGGACAAAGUCCAUUUCUACAUCAAACUGAGGGAGCUCAGAGAUCAGCUGAAGGGUCUCCGAAAAGCCACAGAGAUCGAGGAGAUUGAUUACAAAUUUGACUUGAAAUUGGCGAAGGAGGAUGCCAAGAAGGCGGCGAUAAAGGAGGAGCAGUACGAUCCUGGUUAUGAAGACGCCUACGGUGGAGUGUAUGCAGAGAGAGGACCUGAAGGGGAAAAUACUGAAAAGCAGACCAACGGUCACUGUACAUUCUCAACUGCAGAAAACACAGAAGGAGCACAAGAGGCGACCACAUCACAAGAACCAGAGGGCCAGCUCCCAGACGGACAGUGGAUGACCCAGUCCUUCGCAGAUCAGAUCCCAGACAUCAGCGGGGGACCAAAGGACGGCAGCGUAUAAGGAAAAGACUUCUUUCGUCAGGUUUUAGAUCGUUUUCCUUUUUUAUUAGUGUCCGAGUGGAUUAUACACACACAUAGAUGGACUUUUUUAGAGGUUUUGCAGAAUCUUCUUUCUGCACUUUUCAUUUUGUUUGUGGUUCUUGUAUUCAUGUAUGAUGAUCAUCUUCACGGCAGUCUUUUUAAAUAUGUGAAAUCAGGGACUUGACAAUGAUGCUCGACUGCCCUGGGAGAAGGUCAUGUAUUUAAACGUUUGUGUUGCCUUCGUACUGUACUAUACUGCACUGUGAUGCAGUAAGUGUAAGCAUUCACGUCUACUGUUUGACAGUAGAUGAAACUCCAGAUGGUCAUUUUAUAAGCUUGAUUGAUCAGUGUGAGCCUAUAAGAUCCUCUAAUUGAGGAUUGAGCUAGCAUUAAUGUUUUACAUUCAUGGUGCUAUGAACUGACCACGAUGCAAAGUGAUCACUGGAUGAAACCAGACUCAACAUGUACAAUAGAGAUUCCACACGGAGGGAAUUCCUGGCAAGCCUUUCAAUAUAAUGUUACAGGUUAUAUUUUAAUCUUUUAUCAUCACUUCUUUUUUGCUUUAGGAAUUUUUAGAAUUAUGUUUAUGAAAAUGUCAUUCACAAGGAAUUUUAUGAAACAAUUGUCCAUUAAAAUGUCUUGAUGAUG